UUUGCUCGUCUCCACCACCUUGCCGCGCAUGACACUUUGCGCAUAUGUUUACUAAAUCGCGCUCGUUUUGUUGCGUGCACUGGUAUUUGUAUUUAUUUUUCUUCCACCCUUCCCUCGGUAGUGAAACAGCUCCCUUACACUCUAUACAAGUGCGCUAUUCUGCAGAUGUCAUUUGCGUGUGUAUUCAGCACAGUGCUGCCAACCAUCAGAUACACAACACACCCUGUGUUGCCUGUCUUCUCGUUGGUAAGAAGAAACGUGUUUUGUGCAGAAUUUUCAGUUCUUCAUUUUCGAUUUCGGUUUAGAAUUUUGUUUGUAAACACGCGUGUGGCAAAAAAAUAUAUAUUCAAAUCUUGUUGAAAAUUAACUUUAACUUUCGUGUUCUGCUCAGCACAACACAAACAUACAAACAUAAAACGGCAGGGAAAAACAACAACAGCAACAACAGUAAGAAAAACAAAAACGACAAAAACAACAUAGCAAUCAGCCAUUAGCCAACAGAGCCUGAGCCGUAGCCGUAGCCAUAGCCAGCCAACGAACGACAGAGCCAAAAAAUAAAGUGAAAUAAAUAGAAGAGGGGAUGUGAGCUGCAAACGGAACAGGAUCGAUCGGAUGUAUUGAAAAGAGAAGUGCGCAAAGCGUGCGGAAAACAAUUCAAAUUUGGAAAAAUCUUUCGAAACGCAGAAAAGGAAAAAACCUUGAGUUUUUAUUGUCAAAAGUGACGAAUUAAAGUGUUAAUAUUAGCAACAACGGGACAGUGGCCGAAUGUGAAUAGUGUGCAAAACGUGCAAGUAAAAAAAAUUAUAUAUUUUUUGUUAAAAAAAAGAGGAAUUAUUAUUUUAGUAAGGACAGAAAAUUGUGUAGAAUAAAAAUAUAAGAAUCAUAACAGAAAAACAAACGCACCAUAACAUAACCAAGCGCAAUUGUGGCGUAGCGCUAACACAUUUUUUCGUUAGGAAAAAAGUGUAGAAAAAGCAGAAUUAAGAAAAAGGCGCCGCAUACAAAUGGAAUUCUUCCCCCACCAACAACAACCACAUACAGCUCAGCAAGUGGAUGACGGUUCUAUAUCCGGCCCGGCAACCAAUAUAAAUACUAUCAGUAGUAACAACAACAACAACAACAACAUAAACAACGUUCGUAGCACAAACAAUACCCCGCCCACCUCAAACACAUUAAAUAGUGCAGCAACAACGGACACCGUCGACGCUGCAACUGUAGCCAUCGCCAAGGAUAUGCUCCAGUUGCAUCAUGGCAGUGGUGCGAUACUAACAAAUAAUAACACGAGUAACAGCAGUAAUAAUAAUAAUACUAAUAGCGCAGCCUUAGAGGCCAUGAAUACAUCAACAUCAUCUAACGCCAACACCAAUUCGGUAGUAGUUGCAGCUAGUAGUGGCAACAGUACAACCAAUAGUGGUGUCGGUCCUAAUGUAGGCGCCAAUCUGAAUACCAAUCACCCACCUGCCCAUGCCUCAACCGCCAGUAAUGCGGGCGGCGGUGCAUCAAACGUUUUAACUGCACCUGACAACGCGCUCGGUUUUCUAAAAUACGACCAGGAAUUGUUAUACAUCACCGAGCCAUGUACUAUUAUUGGACGAAACUCAUCAACAUCGCAUGUACACUUUCAUGUAGCCGAAAACAAUUUGGUGUCGAGAAAGCAUUUUCAGGUUCAUUACGAUGGAGAUGCACGUGACUUUUUUGUGCAGUGUUUAAGUAAAAAUGGCAUUUUCGUCGAUGAUUUUUUGCAGCGACGAAAUGCUGAUCCGCUUCGAUUACCUAACAGCUGUUACUUUCGCUUUCCCAGCACCGAGAUUCGCAUACAAUUCGAGAGUUUUGUACAUGGUGGCGCUGUAAAUGCUUCUGGCGCGCUAAAUAACUUGAACAACAGUGGCAUAUCGUAUCAUAACAAUAGUCACAACAAUGUGGCUGCCCUGCAGAACAAUAGUGGAUUAGGAGGAGGUGGCGGCAGCGGCAGCGGCGGCGGUGGUGGUGGAAGCGGAGGUUGUGCUCAAUUCAUUAUUUCGCCUGCGCCUCCCGAUGAUCACCAGCAUCCGCAUGCGUCGUCUGGACCAACAUCGCAUGCCUCAACACAUGUAUCUCAUCACCAUCAACCGCAUGUGUCCUCUAGUGCUGUGUCAUCGUCAACACAUCUUCUGCCGAAUAUGGAUAAUUCAAAUGUGUAUUCACCACUCAAAAUAUCCAUACCGAAGAAGGAGCAGAAGAGCCCAUAUCUAUCACCAACUGGCAAGUGGAAUUUGUACUGUACAAUAAGUGCUGCAAAUAGUUGUCCAGCCAGCCCACGACAAGGUUUUCAUCAGAACCAAGCCAAUUAUAACAACUAUACCAACAACAAUUUACAAAACCAAGACCUAUUCCAAACACCAUCAACAGCUAGCUAUAACCACAAUGAGAAACCACCAUAUAGCUAUGCUCAGUUGAUUGUGCAAGCUAUAUCCGCAGCACCGGAUAAACAAUUGACACUUUCUGGCAUUUAUUCAUUUAUAGUCAAGCAUUAUCCGUACUAUCGUAAAGAAACAAACAAGGGUUGGCAAAACUCCAUACGCCAUAAUCUCAGUUUGAAUAGGUAUUUCAUUAAAGUUGCGCGCUCUCAAGAUGAGCCGGGCAAAGGCAGUUUCUGGCGUAUUGAUCCUGAUAGUGGCGCCAAGUUGAUUGAUCACAGCUACAAGAAACGGCGUCAACGUAGCAGCCAAGGUUUUCGCCCAACAUAUGGUAUGCCACGUUCGGCACCAGUCUCACCGAGUCAUAUGGACAAUUCGCGUGAGAGUUCACCACUGCAGGAUUUCGUUUUACAAUCGGCACCUGGAUCGCCGGGCAUGUCUAUUGAGCAACGCGCAGCCGAUGGUGCUCCAUUAGAAACUCUCUUGGCGCAUAUACUCAUUUGUAAAAAAAAAAUCAUUUCCAGCAGUAGCGGAAGUCCAUACUAUGUUUCAAAUCAAAAUUCAACUAUUGGCAGUGUACAGCAGCAACAACAACAACAACAUCUACACAAUGAGAGUGGAGUGACCAUUGGUGGUGGCAGCGGCAACGGUGUUGGUGCCUUGAUAGCGCUCAAACGUAAUCAUGCUAUGGCAGCUGGGGCACAACAACAACAACAACAGCAUCAACAUCAAGUGCAAACAUUGCAUCCCGACAUUAUAUACGAGGAAAUGCCAACUGAUUACAGUGGUAAUAUGGAAUCUGGCGAUGAAGGUUGCAGUAUUGGCGGUGGUAAUGGCGCCAGCAGCAGCGCUACUUGUGACGCUUCCAAACGCCCCAAAUAUAUAUCCGAAGUACUCUGA